AUGGUCAACAUGUUGACAGACCAUGUGGCCGUGUGUGCUAUGGCUCGUUCGGAGAGGUUUGCGGCGGUGGCUGCUGAUGCUCGUGGUUAUGAUGCCGGUGGUGGUGGUGUCGGUAGCCCAGGGUCCAGGGGGGUUGUAUGUAAGAGGUUGAAUGUUCACCAGAUGUUGCAACUUGCGAGGCCACUGGGGAUGGAGGAGACUGGAGACCCAAGAGAGAAAGGAAGUAUCCGUAUCCGUAACCAGGCCUUGAAUGGCGAGGUGGCACCUCACCAAAGACACACGGCACGUUGCGCCCUAGCGCUGCGCCAGCGAAACGGAGGCGGAUAUGCAGUGUCGUCCGUCUCCGGCGGACAUUUGAUGGGUGCUCGUUCAAUUUUGCCGCAAACCAUGGCUUCGCAGAUUCGCCAAAGUAUCCAACUCGGCAACUCUGCGGAUACGGAGGCUCUCCCAACGAAGAAGUCGCAGUUGUACCAAUUCAUCGGGGGUCAGAGUCUUGUCUAG